AUGACAUUCUUCGGUUUAACACCCUCAAGCGGUGGUAGUAGUAGUAAUAAUAAUUCAACAACACUGCAGAUACUAACUACUUCAGCGGUCAGUAAUCAACCACAGCAGCUGUCUUCAACCUUGAGCGGUGGUAAUGGUAGUAAUAGUAAUAAUAAUUCAACAACACUACAGAUACUAACGACAUCAACGGUCAGUAAUCAGCCACAGCAGCUGUCUUCAACAUCGAGCGGUGCUAAUGGUAGUAGUAGUAAUAAUAAUUCAACAACACUACAGAUACCCACGACAUCAACGGUCAGUAAUCAGCCACAGCAGCUGUCUUCAACAUCGAGCGGUGCUAAUGGUAGUAGUAGUAAUAAUAAUUCAACAACACUACAGAUACCCACGACAUCAACGGUCAUAGUNAGUAGUAGUAAUAAUAAUUCAACAACACUACAGAUACCCACGACAUCAACGGUCAGUAAUCAGCCACAGCAGCUGUCUUCAACAUCGAGCGGUGCUAAUGGUAGUAGUAGUAAUAAUAAUUCAACAACACUACAGAUACCCACGACAUCAACGGUCAGUAAUCAGCCACAGCAGCUGUCUUCACCCUCAAGCGGUGGUAGUAGUAGUAAUAAUAGUUCAACAACACUACAGAUACCCACGACAUCAACGGUCAGUAAUCAGCCACAGCAGCUGUCUUCAACCUCGAGCGGUGGUAAUGGCAGCAGUAGUAAUAAUAAUUCAACAACACUACAGAUACCCACGACAUCAACGGUCAGUAAUCAACCGCAGCAGCUGUCUUCAACCUCGAGUAAAGCUGCAGAUGUCUCCUUCACUCAAGAUGUUUCGAAUCCACCGUCCUUCUCAUUAAAAACAAUCUCAAGAACACACGAGCCUGGUGUUGAAACACAAACACCCGAGAAAACUGCUAUCCACAGUUCAAGAAUAACAACUAGCCAAAUGACAUCGUUAUUCUCUCUAUUCGUUUCAACCAUUGCGCCAAAAACUACUGGUGUGAACCCACGCCAACCAACUUCAUUCUCUUCUGAGAAAACUCCUGCAUUUACAAAGGAACGUUUACAAACUCAGAAAACUGAAACCAAUACAAGUAAAGGCUGUUAA